AUGACAACCCUAGCAGUUAAGACUGUGGCUCUUACUCCUGAACCUCGGGGCAAUCCUACUUUCCCUCUUUUUGACAUCGCUCCUGCUUCUAUCGAUGUCGUUCUUGCUUCUAGCACUAUUCUUGUCUCUCAGACCGAUGCCCCUGCUAUCCCUACUGACCUGGCACCCCCUUCUCGUAGUGUUGACUCCUUCUCUGCAAGCAUUGAUGAACUCUUUGGAGAUAUUGGAGGUGACAUCGACAGAAAGGUCACCAGCCCACCAAGAGCUUAG